ACGCUCCCUGAACCUCUACUUUCUCGUAUCUGCUUCCAGUAAUGACUCUAUUCUUACCCUUUUUCACCGGAUGGACCGCAGAAAACGAAAGCCUCGAUUUCUUUUCUCUUUCUCAGCCGAAUUAAUCACCAGUUGGGGCUUGACUAGGAGAUGUGCAGGAACACAAGAGCUACAUCCGGCUCGGUGAUCUGCUUGGAUGCUCAACUAAGUGGUCUGGUCCUGGACUCGCAAGAUGACGCACGGGGUGACGGCCUAGAAGACCGCUUUGGGUUCUGAAUUCACUGCUUCAUGUCCACUUUCGCUUCUUGUUAUGUACUUUUGCCUACGCUAUACCUUGUUCCCGCCGAUUUCCUAUUCCCCGUUGUGGCCUGGUACUCCUACUUUUUAUUUUAUCUUCGGUACACUUUUGCCUCUUUUACACAUUUUAGUGAGAUCACCCACCGCUGACAAUCAUUUUUUUCUGGACGUUUUCCCUUGUUCUGCAGUUUCUGUGUGCUAGUUGUCAAUUCUAAGUGUUAUUGAAGAGCGAAGCGAGACGAACAAGAGAAAAGUAACCGAAGUCUGAUUGCGUACAGCCUUAUACAUAGUAUGUAGGAGGUAUGGCGUAGGGAUUAGCAAAGUCCUACACAGUAGACCCAUGUCAACUCUAGGAACAGCGAUCAAACGAUGACCGAAUCAACGAAGAUAGGUUGGUAGAUAAGCUUUGGAACAGCCGGUGGUGUUGCA